CUCCCUCCUCCAUCUCCCUCCCCCUUGAACCCCUCCACCACAGCUCCCAACUUUAUCCGAGCUUACUCCUCCCGUCAUCUUACUCUUUUCCUCGUCCCUUGCCUUCCCUUGCCAACACGCUACACUAUACUAGAUCUCACCAUUCCUCAGGGCUCCGGGCAUUUUUCGGUAACCACUCUCAGCCCUGGUUAUUGAGAACGCCGUACAUUAGUGAACACCUCACAUAUUGGUAGCCGAGUGAUAGCGCUGUUGAUUUGGCCUAAUCAGUCAGCUCACGUAACGACGGCGGCCCCAAAGCCCUGGACAUCCAGCCAGCCCUUGGGAUCGACAUGCAACUGACACUACAACCACCUAAACCUCUCCGGAUGCAUGAACCCCACCCUUGCCCAUAGUUUUGCGUCAUGGGAAUUCCUCUUCUGAUAGAUUGGACCGCAUCUUUAAUACAUAUUUCAUCCAAUUCCCAAAACUCCCGCUUCACAUAGCUACCACUCCGGUCUUCUUUCUCUGCCGCCGCCAUAUGCCUUUCGACUGUCUCGGUAACCAUUCGCUGUUUACCCCAGAUAUCUGCUGUGUCAACAGGGGCAGAAGUAGAUGGAGAAUUAUCAAGUGAUUCGUGAAGGAAUAUGGCUGAAUCCACCUCAGUAUCGUUGUCGUCGGCCCAUCUGGUCGGCACCGUCGCCAACCCACCCAAACUAGACGAGUCCGAAUACCUCCGUGAGGUUUUCGGGAUAACGACGGAAGAUGCCACCGCCACUGAGGCCGAGAUCGAGGAGAGCUUGACGGCAAAGGCUUCGAGUCUGGGAAUCGAUGUCUCGAACCUUACUGACAGCCUGGGAAAUCCCACUGCCUUGAACGCCACAUCAGCGAGAAGCAGCACUCUCGUUGCCCACCAGCGCUCCAACACAAUAUGCUCGAACGACAGUACCACCGGCACCGAAACGGCCACAGGCACCGAUAAUGAUAUGGCUUCGAACUCGUCGGCAGCAAUGCCGGCAACUCUCACACAAUCCACGAGCAGGAAGAGGUCCAACACUGUCAACUUUUCCCAGUAUGAGAAGUACUUGACGCAGCUGAAACCCGCGCUCCACCAACCAAAGUUUUCCAACCCAGCAGCGCCCACAAGGCGGCCGUCGCACAACAUCUUUGGCUUUGGGCAUUUCAAGGGCGUCAGGGAGCUCCGGCGCGGCCUCACAGGCAGGUUGAAGAGGAGGAAAACGUAUCCGGCGUUACCAAUCGUGAUCUGCAUAUGCUGCCGCGAGGAAUUUGCCCAAGAGAACCACCUCCUCCAGACGCUACCAUGCGGCCACACCUACUGCCAGAACUGUCUGGCCGUCAUGAUCAACCAAUCCACCACCGACGAGUCCAAGAUGCCUCCCCGCUGCUGCACCCAGCCCAUUCCCAGCUCCAUCAUCAAGACGAUCCUCACCCGCGAGGAGCAGCAGGCCUUCCUCAAGGCCGUCCUCCAAUACAGCACGCCCUGGGAAUCCCGCAUCUUCUGCCCAAACCCGGCCUGCGGCGAGUUUAUCCCGCCUAGAGCCAAGCUCGACCCCAAGCACCCCUUCGAGACCAUGUGCAAGACGUGCAAGAUGCGCGUCUGCCUCAUUUGCAAGCGCAGCGCCCAUCGGCUCGGGCAGGAUUGCCCCGAGGACAUCGAGCUGGAGACGGUGCUAAAGAUGGGUGAGAAAUCCGGGUGGCGUAGAUGCUACAAGUGCCGCAACCUGGUUGAGCUCACGCAGGGGUGCACGCACAUGACAUGCCGGUGCAAGGCGCAGUUCUGCUACAUUUGCGGUGCCGUAUGGGAUCCUGUUGUUGGGUGUCCCAACUUUUGCAACGGCGAGGAGGAGCUCGAGCGGCGCAGGAGGGAGGAAGAGACGCGCCUCGCGGAGCUGGAAGUGAAGAAGCGGGAGCAAGAAGAGGCGGCUGCGGCGGAGGGACGGGCGCAACAAGCAGCGGAACGGAGGACGCGAGACAGUGUAGAGUUUCAGGCGCUAAGGGAACGGCAAAACCAUGAAAUGUCCAGGGUUUUGGCAUACGAGGCUAGGAUGCGCAAAGACAUGCGCACAAAGCAGUCGGAGAAGAAGAAGGCGCUGCUGGAGAAGUACGCGGAGCUCACAGAGAAAAUGAAGGAGCGCCAUGCGAAAACAGAGCAGCACCUCGAGGACCGGCAGAUCGAAGCCGAGAUGGAACUCCGCUCGUCGCUGGACGCUUCGGAACGGAGCAUCAAGAUACAGCUCAAGCACAUGGAAGCCUACUGUAAGACGCUUUCGCAAGUUGAGGAAGUAAGCGAGAAGGACCAAGCCCUGCAGGACUCGAAGAUGCCUUCUAGGGAGGUCACCCAAAAACACCUCGACCAGCUCAGCGAGCAAUACCGCAUCCGCGACGGCAUGGAGAGACGGCACCAAGCCCAGAUCAACGUGCUUCGCGAGAAGCAAGGCAAAAAGAUGGAGCAGUUACUCGACCGCCACGAAGACGAGAUGGAAGCCCUUCUCCACAAGAAAUCCGAAGAACUCGAGGACCUCGCCGUCGAGUUCGCCAAUGAGGCAGAUGCCGUCUCCCGCACAUUUGCCCAGAGGAAGGUCAAGCUGCAGAAGAGAUGGCUGGUCAGCGUGGAGAUUUUGAGGGUAGAGCAGGAGAAGAAAACUGGAAUGCGGUACGCUUCCAUGGCUGUGCCGCAGUGGCCUGCUGCGACUACGACUGAGAGCGACACGGAAACUGAGAGCGAAGAAGAGGAGACGACAGCUGCCGCUCAUCUGCAAGAGCAAGAAGUCAUUGAGCUCGCACGACCCAAGGCUGAAGCCGAAAUGAAGGAGGAUGGGUGGCCUCUCAGCAACAACGACAACAUCAAGACCACCGAGAUCGAAUUACCCUCAACACCCAAGACGGUGACGCCGGCUGUGACCCCGACACAAGCUCGGUUCGAAGCUGAGCUUCGCAGGUACAGGUCGCGGACUCGGCUGGUGGCUCCGGGGGAACAAUCACCACCGGUAUCACCACGUACUAUGCGGUGAUGCUUAAACGGACAAUCUCCUCCCCAUCUUUUUUCACCUCAUCAUUAUAUUUAACACAUACGUACCAAAUACGAUACCCCUACGAUUCAACAAGCUCACAUACAAUUCUGACGAUUACCCUUAUCAAUACAAUACUACCACCGCCAACCAACCAUCCAUCCAUCAAGCGGCAGACUGUCAGAAAAUCAUUCAGCAUCACUCUUCAACUCUCUCAUAUGUCCCAUUUAUCAUCAUUAUCAUCAUCAUCAUCAUCUCUCAGCAGCAUUCAGCAUUCUGCAUAACAUUACACGGAGCGCAAGACGUCCACAUCAUACAUAGUACCCAUCAUCUCCUUUACCAGUAGUGAACCAUCUGUCCCAUGACCAUUUAUUUACAUUACUUUUUCCUUGCUACGAAGCUGAUGAUUUUCUAUACCCCCCCUUUUUUUCUUCAUAAAUUUUUGUCUUGUAUGGCCACAUCGAGAGCAUUCUCCGACCCAUCAUCUCUUUCCUUGUCAUCAGUUGGGAGGAGGAUCUACAAAUGUUACGUAGGUGGAAAGCUAGGGGGCUGGAAAAAAAAGAGGACAACGAAAGACAGGCGGGAAGGGUUUUCGGGACCAAGGGACCGAGGGACAAAUAUCGAGAAGGAGGAGGAGGGAAGUUAGUGGAGGAGGAUUUGGAUAUUCGGGUAUCUAUCUAGGAGGGAAGAAACAAAAAAGAAAAUUUAAAAAUCGACGACUUAGGAUGUGCGAACUGGUGGAGGAUAUACCCAUUGCGAGAUUUACCUUUUUUUGUUAUUAGCAUCUAUUUAGCUGUGUAACAGGAAAGAGACAUUGAUAUCACACAUGCCAAC